AUGACUCUGCUUCGCCUCGCCCUGGGCCGGGCCUCUUGCCCGCGCCCCUUGUUGAGCUCGCCGUCGUCGUCGUCUUGCCUCUCUUCCCCAUCCAUCCGACUCUCAUCUUCGUCGUCUCCCUUUGCUGCCGCCGCUCCUUUCAGCGUCAUGAGCUCCGCAACCCUGCCCAGGGACCGUUCGCUCUCGCGAUCGUCCGCCUCGUCUGCGUCGUCGUCCUCGAUGGCGGUCGACUCGGCGUACGGCUCGUCGUACACCACCCAGGCGUCGUCGUCGCGUGGAUUCGCUUCGUCGUCCAAGAACGCCACCGCCACGUACAAGCGCGUGCUCACCACCAAGUCGAUCAACCCGCACGUGCUCGAGGCCGAGUACGCCGUGCGUGGCGAGAUCUCGAACCGCGCCAACAAGUAUGCCGCCCAGAUCGCCGAGGGCAAGUCGGACGAGCUCCCCUUCAGCUCGGUCGUCACCGCCAACAUUGGCAACCCGCAGCAGCAGCCCUACCUUGCACAGAAGCCGCUCACCUUCUGGCGCCAGGUGGCGGCGCUCACCGAGUAUCCCGAGCUCAUGCAGCAGCCGGGCAUCGACAAGAUCUUCCCCACCGAUACGCAGGAGCGCGCCAAGCUGUUGUUGGAUGAUAUCGGUAGUGUUGGCGCCUACUCGCACUCCAAGGGUGCGGCUGUGGUGCGCAAGCAUGUCGCCGAGUUCAUCGAGCAGCGUGAUGGGUACAAGUCGGACCCGGAGCUGAUCUAUCUCACCACGGGCGCGAGUGGCGGUGUGCAGCUGCUGCUCCAGGUCAUCAUUGCCGGUCCGGACUCGGGCGUCAUGAUUCCCAUCCCGCAGUAUCCGCUCUACAGCGCUGCGCUCGCACUGUACAAUGCGCAGCCGGUCAAGUACGACCUCAACCCGUUUGAUGACUGGUCGCUCGACGUCGAGGCCAUGUCGCGCUCCAUCGACGAGGCGCGUGCCAAGGGUGUCGAUGUGCGUGCAUGCGCCGUGAUCAAUCCGGGCAACCCGACUGGUCAGUGUCUGUCGUAUGAAAACAUCCAGGACCUCGUGCGUAUGGCCUACACCAAGCGCGUCGUGCUGCUAGCAGACGAGGUGUACCAGGCCAACAUCUACCAGCCCGACACGCGUCCGUUCCACUCGUUCAAGAAGGUGCUGUUGGAUUUCAGCAAGAGCAGCGCUGCUGAAGACCAGGCAAUCGCGCGCAGUGUGGAACUCGUCUCGUUCCACUCGAUCUCCAAGGGUGUUUCGGGCGAAUGCGGUCGUCGCGGUGGAUACUUUGAACUCACCAACAUCGAGCCCAGUGUAGAAGCCGAGAUCUACAAGCUCGCCUCCAUCUCGCUCUGCCCCUCUCUGCAAGGCCAAAUUGGCGUGGAUAUGUUGGUUAAGCCUCCGUCGCAGGGGGAGCCUUCGUACGAGUUGUACAAGCAGGAAACCGAGGGAAUCCAUGCUACGCUCAAGUCAAGAUCGGACAAAAUGGCCCAAAAAUUCGCCGAGUUGCCAGGAGUUGAAGUCGAACCCGCCCAAGGCGCACUUUACCUCUUCCCAAGGGUGACUUUGCCCAAAGGUGCGCACGAGGCAGCGAAGGAAAAGGGUAAAAAGGUCGACGAGUUUUACUGCUUGGAGAUGCUCGACAAGACGGGCAUUUGCGUUGUUCCUGGUAGCGGGUUUGGCAAGAUGCCAGAGGAGGAGACCGGUGCGUGCUUCUUUAGGACUACUGUGCUGGCUAAGGAGACGGACGAGUUUAUCGAGAGGUACGGAAAGUUCCACACCGAGUUUGUGGAGCAGUACAAGUAG